GGUCGCAGGAUGCUGCCCACGACCUGGAGACGCUGAAAAAGUACAAGGUUACUCAUGUUCUAAAUGUGGCAUAUGGAGUCCAAAAUGUCUUCCUCAAUGACUUUAUAUACAAGACUAUUUCAAUUCUAGACCUCCCAGAAACUGAUAUUACUUCCUAUUUCCCAGAAUGUUUUGAAUUUAUUGAGAAAGCCAAGAUCCAGGAUGGAGUGGUACUAGUCCACUGUAAUGCAGGAGUCUCCCGUGCAGCAGCAGUAGUCAUUGGAUUUCUAAUGAAUUCAGAAAGACUGAAUUUUGCUAGAGCCUUUUCCUUGGUGAAAAAUGCAAGGCCUGCGGCUUGUCCAAAUCCUGGCUUUAUGGAGCAGCUUCACAAGUACCAAGAACAGAAUAUAAAAGCUAACGGAAGCAUAAAUGAUCAUGACUGA